AAGGAGUAUGUCCUGCGCUCACAUGACACCCGCACACCUAUAGUCGUCUCGUAGGGUACAGGGAGACGGGAACACGCUAACUCUCCAUACCUCUUGUACAAGACGGGUCCUCAUACUAAACUUAAACCGAUUUGCUCAAUACCAGGUACGACCGAUAUUACAAAUUGAUAUUCCAAGGGCGGGCAUUGCUCUAAGCAUUGGAAUCCGGGUGGAGCCAGGCGGACGGAAUGGGGUUCUUCAAACAACUCGGCUUAUUAAUGUGGAAAAACUGGUUGCUGCAGAAACGGAAAGUGUGUGUGACGGUUUUUGAAAUAAUUCUCCCCCUAUUGUUCGCUGUCCUGCUUCUUGUUGUGAGGUUCCUGAUUGAAACCGACCCCAUAGACGCUCCAACCGUUUAUUCCGAUUUUAGUGUGGAUUCCAAUGGAACUCGGUUCGUGGGACAGAACACUGGGAGAUUGGUGUUGUUUACACCUAACUCUACAGUCAUCAACGCUUUAAUGGAUGACGUACAGCUGACUAUGAACCAGUCUAUAGCAGUCGAAAUGAUGGGAUUUCCAACCGAGGAAACCAUGUUGGAUUAUUUUUCCUUCAACUCCAAAAACCUCACAUGCGCAGUGCAGUUCAACGUUGCCAUUGACGACACUGCUCUACCCCAAAAGUUGACGUACGCUGUUCGACCCCGGAUACUGUCAGAGGACGACAGAUGGCGGACGCGACAGACCUUCCCAUUUUUCCAGACCAACUCUCCCCGAGGUGACUCUACUCCAGAUUACAAAGGGUCCGGUUUUCUGUGGGUGCAGCGUCUCGUGGAUGCGGCCAUCAUCAAAACGCAUAAUUCUUCCGCCUCCAGCACCAUUGAUGGCCUUGACAUUCGCCUGAUGCGCAUGCCCUAUCCGCCGUACAUCGUGGACCCCAUGAUCCAAGUCUUGCAGAACCAGUUCCCGCUAUUCCUCCUCCUCAGUUUCAUCCUCUGUACAAUUCAAACGACCAAAGGCAUUGUCUACGAAAAGGAGAGAAAGCUGAAGGAGUCCAUGAAGUUGAUGGGCUUGAGUGCCGCUGCACAUUGGAUGUCUUGGUUUCUGACGGUCUUCAUCUACAUCGUGCUGGUGAUGGCGGUCUACACACUGCUAUGCGGCAUUAGCAUCAGCGCGAACGGUCCGGUCUUAGCCGAAAGUGACCCCUCUCUGCUCUUCGUGUUUCUCCUGUGCUACGGCGUGUGUGUCGUUUCAUUCUGUUUUAUGAUCAGUGUGUUCGCACAGAAAGCCAACGUGGGUGCAGCUAUUGCAGGGAUCCUCUUCUUCUUCACCUACUUCCCCUACUUCUUCCUCCAAUCUCGCUACGAAACUAUGUCUCGCCCCGAGAAGCUGGGCGUCUCCAUCCUCCUGAAUAUGGCCAUGGCCUACGGGGCGAAUGUCAUCUCCUUGUACGAAGGGACUGGUGCGGGGGCACAGUGGAACAACUUCUCCAGCCCAGCAAUUGUUGACGACAACUACUCUCUCCUGGACGCAAUGAUCAUGUUGCUAGGCGACACCGCCAUCCAUCUGGUCAUCACGUGGUACGUGGACAAUGUCCGGCCAGGCGAGUUCGGCGUGCCCAAACCGUGGUACUUUCCUUUCACCAUUUGGCGAUCGAAAAAUGGAACUUAUUGGUGUGGCGCAGACAAAGUCAAAGUUGAUGCAAGUGAAGUCAAGCACGCCGACGAGAGACAUUUUGAGAAGGAACCAAUUGGCCUCAGCCCAGGUGUUUGCAUCAAGAACCUAAGGAAGGUGUUUGGUUCUGGGUCUAAGAAGAAGGUGGCUGUGGAUGGGAUGAGUCUCAAUAUGUACGAGGGUCAGAUCUCUGUUCUACUUGGUCACAACGGCGCUGGGAAAACAACAACAAUGUCAGUUCUCACUGGUUUCAUUCCCCCAUCUGGAGGAACCGCAAUCGUCAAUGGCCAUGACAUUCGAACAGACAUCCAGAGCGUCAGGAAGAGCCUGGGAUUAUGUCCUCAACACAACAUUCUGUUCGACAGUCUUACCGUACAGGAACAUAUGGAAUUCUUCGCUGAUUUGAAGGGCUGCCAGAAGCACGAGGCCAAAUCAGAAGUUGAUCGCAUUAUCCACGAAGUCGGGUUGGACUUGAAGCGACACACACAAUCCCAGCAUCUGUCUGGAGGCCAGAAGAGGAAACUUUCGGUGGGGAUUGCCCUCAUCGGGGGUUCGAAGAUCGUUAUCCUGGAUGAGCCAACUUCCGGUAUGGAUCCUGCAGCCAGACGACAGACCUGGGACAUCCUUCAGAGGAACCGACAGGGCCGGACCAUGUUGCUGACCACUCACUUCAUGGAUGAGGCUGACCUCCUGGGUGACCGCAUCGCCAUCAUGGCAGAAGGGGUGGUCAAAUGCUGUGGGACAUCUUACUUCUUGAAAAAGCUUUAUGGAGCUGGCUACCACCUGGUGAUGGUGAAGGAACCCACCUGUCAGGUGGCGUCAGUGACGGCAGUUGUCCAGCAACACGUCCCUACAGCCGUCAUGGAGAGUGAGAUCAAUGCUGAACUCUCCUACCUGCUGCCCGAUGAUCAGUCAGCCAACUUUGCUCCUCUCUUCACGGAGAUUGAAUCUAGGGGGAAAGAACUCGGUAUUUGUAGUUUUGGUACAACUGCAACCACCAUGGAGGAAGUGUUUUUGAAGGUCGGCGAGAGUCAGGUGGACACUGGGGACGACAUUGCCGUCAGGCCAUCAGUCGAUGGAACCAUGUCGUAUACCAACCCUAUGAUGGAGAAGGAGAUCAAUGGCAGCGCGAAGGUGCUUAAUGGAGACGGACCGAACAAGAGCUCGUCAUAUGGAACUAUGGCCAAUUCCGUUGACGAUAACUUCUUAUCAUUCAACAAGGGCUUCAAGAAAGCUACCGGAAUGCAUCUGGAACUGUCCCGGUUCAAGGGCUGCUUUGUGAAGAAAGCACUCCACACGUGGCGAAACCGACUUAUCUCCAUUGUCCAGUUGGUCCUACCCGUCAUAGCCACCAUCCUGGCCCUGGUGGUGGAGAAGACGAGACCAGGCGUGCUAUCAGAGGAAUCCCUUCCCCUCAACCUCAACCCCUUCGGGGGAUCCAAUGUACCUUACCAAAACGGCUCCAUGGCGCUUACCGAGAGUUUUGCCGAAUCCUAUAUUGGUCAGCUUGGCGCUGGUGACACAGCAGAGUUUGCAGAGACAAGUCAAGGGAACAUGACAACCUACCUCCUGUCCAGGGCAGACCAGCUUGGUGUGUCCACCUAUAACAAAAGAAUGAUCAUUGGAGCAGAGUAUGAAUCUGACACAGUUGCCAGAGGAUACUACAAUGGACAGCCCUACCAUGCAGCUCCUAUAGCCCUUUCGUAUAUGAUGAACGGCAUCCUGAAGUCUUUCACAUCCUCCGACUAUUCCAUUGCAACUAACAGUUAUCCUCUUCCAAAGAACGUAUCAGAUGCUUCUGAACAAACUGCUCUUCUCGCUUCAAGCUUUGGGUUCACUAUAGCCUUCAACAUCCUCUUUGGAAUGGCCUUCCUGACGUCUUCCUUUGUUUACUUCCUCAUCAAGGAGAGGCAGGUUGGCGCAAAGCAUCUUCAGGUCGUCAGCGGAGUUGGACCUACUGUGUUCUGGCUGUCCAAUUUGGCUUGGGACUUCAUCAACUACAUCAUUCCAUGUUUGGUUCUGUUGCCCGUUUUUGCUGCCUUUCAAACUGACGCUUACGUCCUCGACCACCGACUCGGCCUCGUCUUCCUCGUGUUCAUCGUCUACGGCUGGUCUGUCCUGCCCUUCAUGUACCUCCUACAGUAUAUGUUCAAAACCCCAGCCACCGGCAUGGUCAUCAUCAUCAUCCUCAACAUCUUGUCAGGAUUGCUGACUCUCCUUGCGACGUUUGUGUUGAUGAUUCCGGGACUGGGGACAGAGGAUGUAGGGGAGGCCCUGGACUGGAUCUUCUCCAUCGUCUUCCCCCACUACUGCCUGGGGAAGUGCUUCUCUGAGAUGUACGUCAACAAGGUGGUGACAGAUACCUGCAUCAAGCUGAAGUAUGACAUAUUAUGUCCAAGGGGCAUCCCCAUGCCUUGCUGUAAAGGAAACUGUGGUGGCGACACCUGUCUCAAGUUCUACUCCAACUACCUGGAAUGGGACACCCCUGGUAUCGGUCGGUUCCUCGUCUUCAUGUUCCUGCAAGGCUGCGUGUUCAUCGCGCUUACUCUGUGUAUAGAAUACCAGAUUCCGCAGCGUGUCUGGUAUACCCUCCGUCCCAAGGAAACCGAUGUGGAUGACGUCGUACAUAUGGAAAACGUUCAGAUUGAAGACAACGACGUUGCAGCCGAGAAACAGCGCGUUGCAUCGUCGUCCCCUACUAAAGGUGAAGCAGAUGAUGCCCUCGUUCUGAGGAAUCUGUACAAACGCUAUGGGAACUUUGUGGCUGUCGAUCACAUCAGCGUAGGGAUACCUGAGAAGGAGUGCUUUGGUCUUCUUGGUCAAAAUGGCGCCGGGAAGACCACAACGUUUAAGAUGUUAACGGGAGAUGUGAUGGUGACCAAUGGGAAUGCUUAUCUCUGGUCAUAUGACAUAAAGAGCAAUACACAACAGGUGCAGGAGAACAUGGGCUACUGCCCCCAGUUUGAUGCCCUGAUUGAGCAGAUGACCGGACGGGAGACCCUCUCCAUGUAUGCGAGACUCAAAGGAGUUCCAGAGAGCUGUAUUCCGGGAGUCUGUGACAAACUACUGGAAAUCAUGAUGCUGUCCCAGUAUGGCGACAGACCAACUGGGAACUACAGUGGUGGCAACAAGCGUAAACUAAGCACCGCCAUCGCUCUGGUUGGAGACCCAGCCUUCAUCAUGCUGGAUGAGCCGUCCACGGGGAUGGACCCGAAAGCCAGGAGGCAGCUCUGGAACGUCCUGUCAAAAGUCCGGGAGUGCGGCAGAACUCUUAUACUGACAUCCCACAGCAUGGAGGAAUGUGACGCCCUGUGUACGAGAAUCGCCAUCAUGGUCAAUGGGCGCUUUGUCUGCCUAGGAACCCCCCAGCAUCUGAAGAACAAGUUCGGUCAGGGUUACACCCUGAUAGCCCGAAUGGGCGUUAUGGACAAUGGACUGACGAACGCCCCAACCCAGCCCCUAAUCGCCUUCAUUAAGGCCAAUUACCCCCAAGCUCAGGUGUUUGAUGACCAUCAGGGCUAUGCCCACUUCCAGAUCCCCGAUGCCAGCGUUCGACUGGCUCAGGUGUUCAGUCUGAUGGAGGACACGAAGACACAGUUCGGUGUGGAGGAUUAUUCUGUGCAUCAAACUACCUUGGAACAAGUAUUCUUGACCUUCACGCGCACUCAGAACCCUCCAAAAGAAGAUAAAACAAGUUUCUGCAAGAGAGUAUGUUGUUGCUAGAUACUGCUAGCACGUGAUACUUAUGUGUGAGUUCUUGCCACUUACCUCCUUGGAGUGACGCUGAAGUCCUGAAAAUAUGAUCUCGUUGCUGUUUGACAAUGUUUAAUUAAAAUAUAUGAUCAGUAUGUUCGGGGAUUUUCCCCAGGGAAGUGUUCCUGAAAAGUUUAUGCCUUUCUGAUAAUAAUGUUACAAGAUGUUGUGGACACAAAGAAUAUGCUACUCAUUUUGUGUAUGAAGAAAGUUUUACAUGGAUGAAUAACUUUAAAGAAAACACUCUACCCACGUCAAAGUAAUUCCUUUAAGAAAGUGCAAAACGCACCAAUCACUUCACUUGUUAUUCACCCAUGAAGGUCAGGGUUAGAAUUGAUCUUCAGUAACCCAUGCUUGUCGUAAGAGGCGACUAACGGGAUCGGGUGGUCAGGUUCGCUGACUUGGUUGACACAUGUCAUUGGUUGGUUCCCAAGUCCACAGAUCUAGAUGCUCAUGAUGUUGAUCACUGGAUUGUCUGUCCCAGACUCGAUUAUUUACAGACCGCCGCCAUAUAGCUGAAAUAUUGUUGAGUGCGGCGUAAAACUAAACUCACUCACUCACGUGUUAAUCAGAACAUUCACAUAAUGCAGCUUCUAAAUCUGGUUGAUGUACGUAGCAUAUCCUUUGGGUCGCAAGGCUUAGUGAUCCUUAUUGUCACGGAAAUAUAACGCCUCUCGACAUCGAUACUGCUUCUCUGAGAUAUAUUAAUGAAAAAUAUAAUGUUUGGAAAUAUUCACAUAACAGGUGUUAGUAUGUUCAUCUGCAAUUAUAAUUAAAAUAAAUAUCGAACUGGUAACGUAGUAUCUUGGGCGCGAUGGGGUUGCAUAUAGUGGUUAGUACGAUGGGGUAGCGCAACGGUUAAGGUGUUCCUGCGUUACGCUGAGGGCGCGGGUUCGAUUCCAACAUGGGUGCAAUAUAUGAAGCCUAAUGUAGUGCCUUACCCUCCCCAAUGUCCAGGAUAUUGUUUGAAUAUUGGUAAGAAAUCUUCACUUACUCGUAUUACUUUACCUCAACGGAAUGUCGAUUUUAGUGACACGUGGCAUAUCCUGUUUCUAUGAACAGUUGGGCAACCUACGACAUAUCUUUUUGAUGUCUCUCAUUGCUAAAGAAGCCCUGACUCAACUGCCGUCGUGUGCUACAUAUCUGUGACACUUUCUGACUAGACCACAUAGUUUGCUAUCGUUAAAUUGGAGUUUUGUAUGUAUUUAUUAAAGUAUCGUUUGUCACUGUAUUAUUUUUUAGAAUUGUGUGUCACGUGUGUAAUAUAUGUUUUCAUAUUGUUGAAUUUGUUGACAUUUGAGUUCUUUGGACAACUGUGGUCAUGUUUGUGGUAUCAUAUGAAAACAUCUAUGAGUAUCUAUGCUAUGAUUUUAUGGGCUAAGAACAUGAGUUGUAAUAAUCCUUAAUUUCAAUGCUCUAAAAUCGUCCCGCAUCAAACAGAUGCACCAGUGGGGACCAAAUCGGGUUUGAUAGGGGGCCAAUUUGGCUUUUAAUCGUGAUUGGAUUCUCAAGACUUCAUUCAAAACAAGCGAUAAAUUGCGUCCAUCACUCUUCGUUAGUGUAGAACCGGGUUUUCUCAGAACGUGUACUGUGUUCUGUAUAGCUACCAGCUGUAAAUAUAUGAUUUUAAAUUUUUAUUUUAAUUGCGGUUGUUAUCGAGUAUUUGAUACCCGGAUAUAUAAGUUUGGAAUCCACCACAUGUAAAUGUACAGUCAUGGUGAUUGGUGAUAACCAAGUCCCCUCGUGAAUCAAUUCUGUUGUAAACAUGCAUCUCAAAUUAUUGUCAUGUGCACUUCCUUGAAAUUAUGUCUCCCCGCGAAGGGUCGGAGACAUAUUGAUUUUGGUUGAGUUUCCGUUGGCGUCGGCGUUCCCAUUGUUUCCGGAACAUAACUCUAAAACUACUUGAACAAUCUUUACCAAAUUUGCUAUACUGCCUCUCCAUAUCAUGUAGAUGUGCCUUUGGAGGUUUGAGGGGUUUUUUCAAUUUCUU